GGCUUUAGCAGUACGGUGUCGUUUUGGGAUAGAUGAAGGCUCUUAUUACGGCUUAAGCAAGAUCAGGCUUGGUUGAAAAGUCCAGUAGACGGCCCACCGAACUGAAGCGGGCUAAAUAAAAAAGCCCACGUUGGCAAUCCUCGAUUCCUUCUCACUGCUGGCCGUCUGUCUGUCUACUCCGGCUUCCACGAAAGAAUGGGUUCGAUCGAAACGCCUCCACCGACGGAAAACGGAACAUCGGCGCCGACCUCCGCCGACGCCAACUCUAACGUCGAACAAGGGAGUCAAUCCGCCAUCGACGCGAUGCCUUCCUUGCCCGGAGACGCGGUUCCUAUGGAAACGAACGGUUUGAAAGAAAGGAGAGGUAGUACGCUCCCGCUGGAGGUUGGAACUCGGGUCAUGUGCCGCUGGAGAGAUAGCAAGUACCACCCCGUGAAGGUUAUUGAAAGGAGGAAGGUUUCCUACUCUGGAGUUAGCGAUUAUGAGUAUUAUGUUCAUUACACCGAGUUUAACAGAAGGCUUGAUGAAUGGGUGAAACUUGAUCAGCUUGAUCUGGACUCCGUUGAGGCUGUAGUUGACGAGAAGGUGGAGGAUAAGGUAACCAGCUUAAAAAUGACACGCCAUCAGAAAAGGAAGAUUGAUGAGACCCAUGUUGAGGGACACGAGGAACUUGAUGCUGCCAGCUUGAGGGAGCAUGAAGAAUUCACAAAAGUGAAAAAUAUAGCAACUAUGGAACUUGGGAAGUAUGAGAUUGAAACAUGGUACUUCUCACCAUUUCCACCAGAAUACAAUGAUUGUUUGAAGCUCUACUUUUGUGAGUUCUGCCUGAAUUUCAUGAAGCGUAAGGAGCAGCUUCAAAGGCACAUGAGGAAGUGUGAUCUGAAACACCCCCCUGGUGAUGAGAUUUACAGAAGCGGUACAUUGUCAAUGUUUGAGGUCGAUGGUAAAAGGAACAAGGUCUAUGGUCAAAACCUCUGCUAUUUGGCGAAGUUAUUUCUCGAUCACAAGACCCUCUACUAUGAUGUUGACCUCUUCUUGUUUUAUGUGCUGUGUGAAUGUGACGAUCGUGGAUGUCACAUGGUUGGAUAUUUUUCUAAGGAAAAACAUUCAGAGGAAUCCUACAAUCUGGCUUGUAUCCUCACUCUUCCUCCUUACCAAAGGAAAGGCUACGGAAAAUUCCUAAUUGCUUUCUCAUACGAACUCUCGAAGAAGGAAGGCAAGGUUGGAACACCUGAAAGACCACUUUCUGACCUAGGCCUGGUUAGCUACAGAGGAUACUGGACCCGUGUUCUGCUCGACAUCUUGAAGAAGCACAAAGGCAACAUUUCUAUCAAGGAACUAAGUGACAUGACGGCAAUCAAAGUCGAAGAUAUUCUGACGACGCUGCAGAGCCUGGAAUUGAUCCAAUACAGGAAGGGACAACAUGUGAUAUGUGCUGACCCCAAGGUUUUGGAUCGGCACCUAAAGGCGGCUGGUCGUGGAGGUCUUGAUGUUGAUGCAAGCAAGCUCAUCUGGACGCCAUAUAAAGAACAGAGUUAGGUGGUGACGACGACGACGAAGGCGUCAAUCUGUAGCCUAUCGGUGUACCAUAUUGUAUGUAGAUAUAUAUUAGAGAGCAGCUGCUUGUGAAUUGUGAUACACAUGGAUUAACCGUCUGUAUUUUAACUGAUACUUAAUAAUCCAAACAACGCUUU